UUUUAGGAGCGAACAACAGUGUACGUUACUUGGGAUCGAGGCAAAGUCACGGAUAGAAUUUAAAAAGCUCACACUCAUUCACACAAACGCAUCUAAAAAUACCAAAAUCACUCCUCACUUUCCUUUGAUUUCCCAUCAAUGGCGUCUUCUCAUCACCUCUUACAAUCCACCAUAUCCAAUAACCCUUCUUACCCAUUUCAUCAAACUCUCAAAACCCCUAAACUAGCCAUCCUUCUCAAAACUCAAACUCCAACAAAGCCUACCACCAAAUUCCAAAUCACUGCUUCAAAUGACACUAAUAACAAUGGCAGCGACUCGUUUUCGUACCUUCAAAUGUGGAAGAAAGCCAUUGAUAGACAACAAAAGGAGAUUAAAUUUGACAAAAUUUCUCAGAAUUUACCAUCCCCGAUCCAUACUGAGGUUGAAACAGAUAAUCAUGAAGCUUUGGCGAAGAAGAGCUUUGAGUUCCAGAAGAUUCUAGAAGUUUCUAAAGAGGAGAGAGAUAGAGUUCAGCGGAUCCAGGUUAUUGAUCGUGCUGCUGCCGCCAUUGCUGCUGCUCGUGCUCUUCUUAAGGAUCGGAAACCUACAUCCAAUGCCAAGGCGACGAGUUUGGGUUCGGCGGAUUCGGCUUUGGCGAAUAAUAGGGUUCAAUCUGAUAACAAUGCAGUUUUGAGCUCAGAUAAUCACAAUGGGGGAAUAGAUAGUAGAAGCUUUCACAUGCCUCCAUCAAGAAAUUCUGGAAGUGGUCCACCUGGUCCGGACUUUUGGUCUUGGACACCCCCAACAGAGGAUGAUUCCAGUGGACUGGAUGUUUAUAAUGUAAAAAAAGCCCCCAUAAGCUCUGGGAAGCAAUAUUUAACUAACAAGCUGAUGGAAAAAGAGAAAGCUUCAGAUUUUCUCUCUAUACCAAUGGAGAGCACUAACUUGGAAAGCAACCUUAUAGCACCUCUCCCACCUUUUCAAUCAUUAAUGGAAGUGCACAAAGUAGAAGCUCUAAACACCAGUCAGGAAGCCCCUGUUAAAGAAGACAUUGGUGCUCAGUUUUCGGCUCAUGCAGCAGAAGCAGCUCAUGCUCUACACAACGUAGAAGAAAAACCAUCAUAUGGAGUAAAUCCUGAUGGGUCAAGGUGGUGGAAGGAAACUGGAGUUGAAACAAGACCUGAUGGUGUUGUUUGCCGCUGGACAUUAAACAGAGGUGUGAGUUCUGAUGGGGUUGUAGAAUGGGAAGAGAAGUAUUGGGAGGCAGCUGAUGAAUAUGGUUACAAAGAACUUGGGUCUGAGAAGUCUGGACGUGAUGCUACUGGGAAUGUUUGGCAUGAGUACUGGAAGGAGUCAAUGUGGCAGGAGCAUGGUCUUUUACAUAUGGAGAAGACGGCAGAUAAGUGGGGAAAGAAUGCAAAUGGUGAUGAGUGGCAAGAGAAAUGGUGGGAACAUUACGAUGCCUCUGGUAAAGCUGAUAAAUGGGCACACAAGUGGUGUAGCCUCAAUCCCAACACUCAAGUUGAGGUUGGUCAUGCUCAUGUUUGGCACGAGAGGUGGGGAGAAAAAUAUGAUGGUCAAGGUGGAAGUACAAAAUACACUGAUAAAUGGGCAGAGCGUUGGGAAGGAGAUGCUUGGGUAAAAUGGGGUGAUAAAUGGGAUGAAAACUUUGAUCAAAACUAUAACGGGGUGAAACAGGGGGAGACAUGGUGGGAAGGUAAGUAUGGGGACCGAUGGAACCGCACAUGGGGCGAGCAACAUAAUGGUUCCGGAUGGGUACACAAGUAUGGCAAAAGCAGCAGCGGUGAGCACUGGGAUACUUAUGUGCCAGAAGAUACUUGGUAUGAGAGGUUUCCACAUUAUGGCUUUUUGCAUUGCUUUGAAAAUUCUGUCCAGCUCAGGGAAGUUUAGAAACCAUCUGAUUCCGAGGGUUGAUAAAUCUAUGGUGCUAAGCUAUCGAACGUUCUAUGUACAAAAAAAAAAAGAUAAAAUAAAAUCUGAAAAGCCCUUCUGUAAAAUGGGGACAUAUAAUGAUAAUUUAUUACUUUAUUAAUAAUUGUUAUUUACUUAUACAUUCUCUAUUUGCACUAGUUGGUUGUUUUUACACCACGCCCUAAUAAGAUAUCUUUACACAAA